CCAAAUCAACAAACACAGUUUUUGCCCCAAAGAAACUAACCAGCUGUGUGUGUGCCAGGCUCACAUCCAUCACACAUCACACAAACGGCUGAGACAACACAGAUCGAUCGAUCCCUCAAUUUCCAAAUAAUUUUCUCCCAAACAAUUAUCCAUCCAUCCCCUUUGCGCCAAUCAACGACCCCACUAUCUUAUUUUCCCUCAAUUUCUCUCUCUUAAAUCCCCUCUCCCUUUCUCUCUCUCCUUUCUUACCAUGCCAGCUUCUCCUUCAGAAAACCGAACCAAAUGGAGGAAGAGGAAGAGAGAAUCGCAAAUCACAAGGCGUCAACAGAAGCACGAGGAAGAAGAAGAAGACGAAGAAGAAAACCCCAAUGCAGAAGAAGACCACGACCGUGACUACGAUUCUGAGGACCAAAACCACCCUAAUUCCCAACCGCAACAAGAAAUUGAGGUCCUCUCCGAUCACGGUGUUCAGAUUUCUCAGUUUCCGAUGGUGAUUAAGCGUGCCGUUAACCGUCCACAUUCCUCUGUGACUGCAAUUGUUGCUCUUGAACGAGCUAUGGAGUUGGGAGAUAGCAAGGGUCAGCUUCAGAGCCCUCCGUUUUUGGAGAAUGUGUCUCAUGGCCAGCUUCAAGCGCUUUCGUUUGUUCCAUCUGAUAGUCUCGCUUUGGAUCAGGAUCGCAAUGAUUCCUCUUAUGUUAUCACUCCACCACCAAUUUUGGAAGGAAGUGGCGUUGUUAAGCACUUUGGAAAUAGGGUUCUUGUGCUUCCAAUGCAUUCAGAUUGGUUUUCACCUGGAACUGUGCAUCGACUGGAGAGACAAGCAGUGCCUCAUUUCUUUUCAGGGAAGUCGCAGGAUCUAACUCCUGAAAAGUACAUGGAAUGCAGGAACUAUAUUGUUGCAUUAUACAUGGAGGACCUGGGGAAGAGGAUUGCUGCCUCUGAUUGCCAGGGAUUGAUGGUUGGGGUUGAUCAUGAGGAUUUGACUCGAAUUGUUCGGUUCCUUGACCACUGGGGAAUUAUCAAUUAUUGUGCCCGAAUGCGAAGUCAUGAGCCUCCAAAUGCUGUGUCCUGCCUGAAGGAGGACACUGGUGGAGAGGUCCGUGUGCCAUCAGAGGCCUUGAAGUCCAUAGAUAGUUUGAUCAAAUUUGAUAAGCCCAACUGUAAGCUCAAAGCGGAAGAAAUUUAUUCACCAUUGACGACACAUAGUGCUGAUGUCCCUGACCUUGACGGAAGAAUAAGGGAGCAUCUGUCUGAAAAUCAUUGCAAUUAUUGUUCUUGUCCUCUUCCUGCUGUAUACUAUCAAUCUCAAAAAGAGGUUGAUAUUUUACUCUGUACUGAUUGCUUUCAUGACGGGAAAUUUGUCAUUGGUCAUUCAAGUAUAGAUUUUAUAAGGGUGGAUUCCACAAGAGAUUAUGGCGAACUAGAUGGGGAAAGUUGGACUGAUCAAGAAACUUUGUUGCUUCUUGAAGCAAUGGAGAUUUACAAUGAGAAUUGGAAUGAAAUUGCCGAGCACGUUGGCACCAAGUCAAAAGCACAAUGCAUUCUUCAUUUUCUCCGUCUACCCAUGGAAGAUGGGAAAUUAGAAAAUAUCAACGUUCCAAACAUGUCUUUGUCAUCCAAUGUGAUGAAUAAAGAUGAUAAUGGAAGAUCACAUCACCACUCAAACGGAGAUUCUGCAGGAUCUGUCCAUCAAAUCAGAGACUCUGACAGCCGCCUGCCUUUUGCUAAUUCUGGAAAUCCUGUCAUGGCUCUGGUUGCCUUUUUAGCCUCUGCGGUUGGACCAAGAGUAGCAGCUUCUGCUGCUCAUGCAGCAUUAUUAGUAUUGUCAGACGAUAAUACUGGCUCGCAGACGGAAGCAUCAGGACAUGAUAAUAGGACAAAUCCAGAAAAUGUACAUUGUAGAGAUGGUGGCUCUCGUGGAGAAACUGCAAUUUCAAAUAAUCAUAAUGAGGAUAAGGCAAAAGCACUUUGUUCGCGAGAUCAAAAUGAGGGUAGGACAACCCCACUCUCUGCUGAAAAAGUUAAAGACGCAGCUAAAGCAGGCCUCUCUGCUGCAGCAAUGAAAGCUAAAUUGUUUGCUGAUCAUGAAGAACGGGAAAUUCAGAGAUUAUGUGCUAAUAUAAUUAAUCAUCAGUUGAAAAGAUUGGAAUUGAAGCUGAAACAGUUUGCAGAAAUUGAAACAUUGUUGAUGAAGGAAUGCGAGCAAGUGGAAAGGGCGAAACAGAGGUUUGCUGCUGAACGCUCCCGCAUCAUAUCAGCACGUUUUGGAACUGCGGGAACCCCGCCUCCAAUGAGUGCAUCAGGUGUUGGUCCUUCAAUGGCAAGUAAUGGCAAUAAUAGGCAACAAAUGAUCUCUGCCUCUCCCUCACAGCCCAGCAUCUCAGGGUAUGGCAACAACCAACCAGUUCAUCCACACAUGUCUUUUGCCCAAAGACCUUCAAUGUUUGGGUUGGGGCAAAGAUUGCCCCUAUCUAUGAUACAACAAUCACAAUCAACUUCUUCAACUGCCAUGUUCAAUGCCCCUGGUAAUGCGCAGCAUGCUGCUAAUCAUCCACUGUUGAGGCCUGUGUCAGGAACUAAUUCUGGUUUAGGAUAAUUAGGGAAGUAAAUGUAAGUUUUGGAACUAGAAUGGUGCAGUUUUAUUCGGUCAUUGAUUUCAGAAAUGAAGAGGACAUCGGGUGGACGUGCGAAGAAAGUUAUUUAGCUUAUUGAGCCUGUAAUUGGUUGCAGUUUAUUGUGAAACUAUUGCUUAAAAGGAAAUAAGUAGCUUUUUAUGAGUUUUAGUUUCUCCUGUUGACUAUAGUCUAUAGGUACGAUGAAAAUUUAGUCUUUCAUUGUCACAAAUCUUGUUUAGCUAGAUUGCAUACAAAACUAACUUGGAUGAAAAAUGACCAGGCUACGGGGACUUGUCUCUCUGCUGCCUGUGCUGUUGUAUAGUAUAGUCCAUGUUGCUUGGUUAUUAUGUUUCUAUCUUGCGGUUUCUUUCGUGGA